UUUAUCACUUCUCAGACACUCACUCAAGCAAGCAACUACAAGUGAAAUAUAUGGGCAACGGUGACCUUGUGUUUCCAGCAGGGGUGGCCGGAGUGGAGUGCGCACACCGUGUUCCUGUGCCACCUUCAAAGCCAUUCUUAGAAACCUUUAGAACAAACCUCAAAGAAACCUUCUUCCCUGAUGACCCACUUAGCCAGUUCAAGAAUGAAAAACCAUCAAGAAAACUCAUCAAGGGUCUCCAAUACUUGUUCCCUAUACUUGAGUGGGCUCCUAACUACACUCUAAACUUCUUCAAGUCUGAUCUUGUGGCUGGUAUCACCAUUGCUAGCCUUGCCAUUCCUCAAGGGAUUAGUUAUGCCAAGCUUGCCAACCUCCCUCCUAUCCUUGGCCUUUAUUCAAGCUUUGUGCCUCCGUUGGUGUACACAAUACUUGGUAGCUCGAAGGACCUUGCGGUGGGGACGGUGGCUGUGCCGUCGUUGCUCAUGGCUUCGAUGCUCGGUAAGGAGGUUUCGGUGACGCAAAACCCCGGGCUUUAUCUUCAUUUGGCCUUCACUGCCACCUUCUUUGCCGGAGCAUUCCAAGCAUCCUUAGGCUUACUAAGGCUAGGGUUUAUUGUGGAUUUCUUAUCACAUGCAACCAUAGUGGGGUUCAUGGGGGGAGCUGCAACAGUAGUGUGUCUUCAACAGCUGAAGGGAAUACUUGGUCUAGAGCACUUCACAACAGCUACUGAUCUUGUGUCUGUCAUGGAGUCUGUCUUCACGCAGACCCACAAGUGGAGGUGGGAGAGUGCGGUUCUUGGAUGUUGCUUUCUCUUCUUUCUCCUAACCACUCGCUACUUUAGCAAAAGGAAGCCUAAAUUCUUUUGGAUCUCUGCUGCUGCACCAUUGACUUCGGUGAUACUUGGAAGUGUUCUUGUGUUUCUCACACAUGCAGAAAACCAUGGUGUUCAAGUGAUUGGAUAUCUAAAGAAAGGAUUGAAUCCACCAUCAAUAACUACUUUGGUCUUCUCAUCGCCUUACAUGAUGAUCGCACUAAAAACCGGCAUUGUUACCGGAAUCAUCGCUAUGGCAGAAGGGAUUGCUGUUGGGAGGAGUUUUGCAAUGUUCAAGAACUAUCACAUUGACGGAAACAAGGAGAUGAUAGCUUUUGGUACAAUGAACAUGGCAGGUUCACUAACCUCAUGCUACUUGACCACUGGUCCUUUCUCUAGAUCAGCAGUGAACUACAAUGCAGGGUGCAAGACAGCAAUGUCAAAUAUGGUGAUGGCAUUGGCAGUGAUGGUCACACUAUUGUUCUUGACUCCAUUGUUUCAUUACACUCCUCUUGUGGUCCUUUCCGCCAUUAUCAUUUGUGCCAUGCUGGGCAUUAUCGAUUAUGAGACUGCCUUUCACCUCUGGCAUGUAGACAAGAUCGAUUUUUGUGUUUGUUUCGGUGCUUAUUUCGGUGUUGUCUUUGGCAGUGUGGAGAUCGGUUUGGUCAUUGCGGUUGUGGUAUCAUUACUUAGGAUUUUGUUAUUUGUUGCAAGGCCGAGAACUACUGUUCUUGGUAACAUACCAAAUUCUAUGAUAUAUAGAAGGAUGGAUCAAUACUCGGAGGCUAAGAGAGUGCCUGGAGUGUUCAUAGUGCAAAUUGAUGGACCGAUAUACUUUGCUAAUGCAAGUUAUCUAAGAGAAAGGAUAUCAAGAUGGAUUAGUGAGGAGGAGGACAAGAUCAAACUAAGUGGAGAAAGAAGCUUACAGUAUGUGAUCUUGGACAUGGGUGCUGUGGGAAGCAUUGAUACUAGUGGCAUAAGCAUGCUAAAAGAAGCCAAAAAGGUUGUGGAGAGAAGGGGCCUUCAGGGAAGUGAGGUGAUGAAGAAGUUGUACAAGUCUAAGGCUCUUGAGAUCAUUGAUACUUAUAACAUUAUGGGCCUUGGUGAUUAUGUGGAACCUUCAAAUGUGUCCAUGGCCAAUAUGAUAAUUCAGAUUGAGUCCCAAGACAAAGACAAGUAUAGAAUUGCACCAGGGUAG